AUGGUAUUUGUUUUCGUGGUCACCACUACUAUUGCGGCCGUCGCCACUAUCGGUAGCCACCCCACCUCCUCCACAACCACCGUACAUCACCACCUCCACAACCACAAAUGGCCACCAACCAACGUCCAUCGCCACUUCCACUGUUGGCCAUCUUCACCUUCUCAACCAUCUCCACCACCUCCACAGCCAUCGUCACCCACCGACCACCAUCGUUCAUUCUACCACUGUUGGCCCACUCCACCUUCUAUUCUACUACAACCUCCUCCACCACCUCCACAACCAUCAUCGGCCAUUGAUCAACACCGUUCAUCGCCACCACCAUGUGUCACCUCCACUGUCGACUACCAGUACCACUUCCCACCACUACCACCAGCUACCACUACCAUUAUCUACCAUAUUCACGUCCUCUACAACCACCACUGUCCAUCUCCACCACCACUAGAUCAUCGGCGUCCACCACCUCCACCAUAA